AUGCCACCAACUCUAGGACCGCUCGACUACGGGUGCACGGAUUGGCGGUUCAGUAGCCAAAGAGCUGCAGAUCUAUACAGUUCCGGUACCAAGCUUUGGGUGAAAGAGGGUCUCAAAGAUAUAGAGCGACAGUUAUGCCAGUCCUAUACGAUGGAGCGAUUCUCAGUCCGUCGAAUCGAUGGAAGCAUACUCCAAAUAUCUAACCCCAUGUUCCAAGUACAGAAUCCUAUCUGUUUCCUUAGGAAACCCCAUGUCAAAUACCAAGAAUAUUGGCAACUUGUGAAAGCACAACCCAAUGGCCCAGUCGAAACUUACCUAUGCUCUUACAUUGUGGAUUGGAGCAAUCAGACUGCACGAAACUUUCGAGAGCUCAUAGCACAGCCUACGCAAGUCUUUGACGAGAAACAUCUGUUGUGGCAGAAUAGCAAGACCUGCAAGCAACUAGCAGCCCUAGUCCAAGAUGUACUCGGUACAAACACGGUGAAGGUGAAGAAAGUUCUCUGCUUCGGACUCGGUGAUUUUUGUCGCUCCGCACCUGAAUGGCUAAAAAGGCAGCACGACUCUUGGGAUGAGACCGCGGAGGUGGAAAAUGUGAUGGGCUGCAUGAUCCAGCAUUCGAUGGCUCUUACUAUCGCUCAACUUUGUCGUGGAAAUAAGAUAUUGCCAUUAUUUGCUCAGGACCCAGAGUAUACAGAGGUCGCAGAAGGUAUCCUAACUAAGAAGGGAUUCAGAAUUAUUGGAACUUAUGGUGCAGGAGGGUUCGCGGAAAUCGACAAUGACUCGAUUAUAAUAGCACCCUUCGCUGCAGCCCCAGUUAAGCAGAUUAUCGCCGAUCUUGCGCGGCCUAUGCUUGUUAUUUCCACCGGUUUUGAAGUCUUCAAUACCAAUGAGUACGUUGGCUUUUAUCAAUCUUGGAAUUAG